AAUAACAUUCAAGAAGCAGGAGUACAGUGAACUGAAUUGUUUUAUUUUUUAUUUUUAUGGUUUUCUUUUUCUUUUCCUUUUUUUUUUUAAAGUGAAGCAGUGAAAAGAAGCAAUGACCAAGGGAGAAGAGAAGCUAAGGUCCUGGUGACCCUGGGCGUCCAAGUGGAUUAUUGGGGCAAAACUGGAGGGGAGGCAACAACCAGGUGCCUAGUCCUCAUUAUACGUAAUCCCAAAUCUGCAGCCAAUGAAGACAAGAGGCAGCGGGUGACAAAAAUCAUUUCAAAAGCCCUCGAGGAAAUGUAAACCAAGGGGAAAGUAUGACUGGUGUGUCUGAAAGACAAGUGUGCCCAGCGCUUCCCUCUGUCCCUAGCUGGGGAAGGUGGCCCGGCCCAGCCCAGCCCUGCCACCGGCCACCUACUUACUGGUGAUCUAAUUUUUUUUUUCUUCUCUUCCUUCUUCUUUUGGGCCAUCCAAGGAUACAGAAUUUGGAAUCUAAACCUUGUUCUCUUAACCUCUCUCAAACACCAACUUUGUCCCUCGUUGUCAAAGUCAUAUUUUGUGAUCUUAGAUAGCAGUUCUAUUUAUUAUUAUUAUUGUUGUUUUUAACCUAAGGAAAACGCCAACAUUCUCCCCAUUUCUCCCUCCAGACCUCUUCCCACUACCCCCAAGCCUUCCUUACUUCCCUUCCUACCCCUGCUCGGUGCUCUUCACCUGGUUUGCCUGGAAAUCACAGCCCAGCGGAACCUGUUUAGACACAUGGAGAAGGAUCCCAACUUUGCAAGGCACAGAGCCUGCUUCUUCUUCCUAAGCUUUGCCAACACUUCCUGGAAGUCCUGAAUCUCUUGCAGUGCAGUGAGUUCAUGCACCUUCCUGCCAAGCCUCAGUCUUCGGGAUCUCGGGAGGCUGCAUCGAAAGCUCUGCCUGGUUUUCCUAACUCCUGCACAGCUCCUGGUCCCUUUUGCCAGGCCUCGCUGCUCCCCUAGUCCCCUUUCCCCUGUUUCGCACAUGAAGAUGCACUUGCAAAGGGCUCUGGUGGUUCUUUCGCUGCUGAACUUGGCCUCAGUCAGUCUCUCUCUUUCCACUUGUACCACCUUGGACUUUGGUCACAUCAAGAAAAAGAGAGUGGAAGCCAUUAGGGGACAGAUCUUAAGCAAGUUGCGGCUCACCAGCCCCCCUGAGGCAUCAACAUUGGCCCAUGUGCCCUACCACAUCCUAGCCCUUUACAACAGCACCCGGGAGAUGCUGGAGGAGAUGCAGGAGGAGAAGGAGGAGAGCUGCACUCAGGAAAACACUGAGUCGGAAUACUAUGCCAAAGAAAUCCAUAAGUUCGACAUGAUCCAGGGUCUUGCAGAGCACAAUGAGCUGAGUGUGUGUCCCAAAGGGAUCACCUCCAAGGUUUUCCGCUUCAAUGUCUCCUCAGUCGAGAAGAAUGGAACCAACUUAUUCCGAGCUGAAUUCCGAGUCUUGAGGGUGCCCAACCUCAACUCCAAACGGACGGAGCAGAGAAUUGAGCUCUUUCAGAUCCUGAGGCCUGAUGAGCACAUUGCCAAACAGCGCUACAUCAGUGGCAAGAACCUGCCCACUAGAGGCACAGCUGAGUGGCUCUCCUUUGACGUCACUGACACAGUUCGGGAAUGGCUUCUGCACAGAGAGUCCAACCUGGGACUAGAGAUCAGCAUUCAUUGUCCAUGUCAUACCUUCCAACCUAAUGGAGACAUCUUAGAGAACAUUCAUGAGGUGAUGGAAAUCAAAUUCAAAGGUGUUGACAGUGAGGAAGAUUAUGGCCGUGGAGAUCUUGGACGACUGAAAAAACAAAAGGACCACCACAAUCCUCAUUUGAUUUUGAUGAUGAUUCCUCCACAUCGUCUAGACGGUCCAGGCCAGGGAGGACAAAGGAAGAAACGGGCUCUUGAUACCAACUACUGCUUCCGGAAUUUGGAGGAGAACUGCUGUGUGCGUCCUCUCUACAUUGACUUCCGACAAGAUCUGGGCUGGAAGUGGGUCCAUGAACCUAAAGGCUACUACGCCAACUUCUGCUCAGGUCCUUGCCCGUACCUCCGAAGCGCAGACACAACUCAUAGCACGGUGCUGGGGCUGUAUAACACACUAAAUCCUGAGGCGUCUGCUUCACCUUGUUGUGUGCCCCAAGACCUGGAGCCUCUGACCAUCCUGUACUAUGUUGGGAGGACCCCCAAAGUGGAGCAGCUAUCCAACAUGGUGGUGAAGUCCUGUAAGUGCAGUUGAAAUGCUGCCGGCCCUGCCUGCGACCAAGAGAGAGGGAGAGAGAGAGAGAGAAAUAAGACCCAACACAACUGCUACCAGGAAAACACCAGAAGAACAGACUUCACCUAGAGUCUGGGAGAGCACAACAAUCAGCCCAGGACCAAUUGCUGAGACCAAGGCUCCCUUCUGGAACAUUUUUUCUUUCUUGCUAGCUCUGACAAUGACUGUGUGAAAAAAAAAAAGGGUGUGGGUUUGGCUGGGGGAAGACCAGUGUCUCCAAAACACUUGGAUUUUUCUGUGAUGCUCUUUGUGCACGGUAGGGAGAAGGAGGCAGGUGGCAAAUCAAGGAGUUUUGCUAUGUUACAGUUGAGAGGUAAUGUGGGGAAAGGAAGAGAAAAGUGUAGAAAAUGUCCGAGAGGGAAUGACACUUUCAAUCUGAGUUUAGGUUGGCUCAUCGCUGCUGCCCAUCCGUCCUUGGGAAUCUGGAUUCAUUUUCUUGGAGCCACCCAAGGCAUUUUCUUUCAUAUAGAUCACCAAGAAGGGAAGAUCCCUAGAACUGGACUCUUAUUGCCUGGGAUCAGGGUUGUUACUCUUGCAAAUUGUCCCUUCUCCACUCAUCACUUUGCAUUCUUGGGUCAAUAGAAGGCUAUAACCCAACUAAGAGAACCCCUGAGCAAACACCUGAGCCCUGUGGGUAUGUUGAACUCCGGAGUAUAGGGCUGGCUGACUGUACCCUAAGAACUAAUCCUGUCUGCCCUUUGGGCAGUUCCUCUCACUCUCUUCCUUAAUCCACUCCCUCUUGGAGUUUUUUGCUAGACACCUUCCAGGUCAGGACGGUCAUAUGGAUUUCAGAUCCAUGCAGCCCUGGGGUGCCACGGGCUCCCCACCCUAGCUCCCAAAGACCUUGUGUUCAUUGGCUGAUCCUGGAAGCAGGUACUGUGGCACAUGAGGUAUUUGGGGGGAAAUCUCAUGUGUCUCUUAUGCAUUGAUUGACUUGGCCCUCGACUCACAUGGGCUGAGGUUUUUUUAAAAAAAAAAAAACACACACGCAAAUAUUACUCUCAAAACCUUUGUAUUAAUAUUUUGGGGGGAACUUGAAUCAUUUCAUCUUCUAGGAAAUAGCUCAUGGAACAUUAAAAACUUUGUUCCUAGGUAUAAUCUUUAUGUAUUAGAGACCCUCUUGUCCCUAUUCCCACCUCUACCACUCAACGUAAACUGGAACCUGGAACAGAGGAUCUUAAAACUCUAAUAACAUUGCUUGAGCAUGAAUGCACUGGGGUCAUACUGCCUCUGAAAUAGGCAUUGUGUAUUGCAAUGCCUGCUCCCACAAUGGUGCUCCAAGGUAUAUACACUCUUACUACCAAUGAGGAAUUCUCUCGGAUAUGGAGAAUGUCAGUUGGUCAGACUACAUGAAACAGAUAGAAAUCUAUCCCCUAGUAGGGAAAGAUAGAUACAAACAUAUUCACCUAUAUACGAACACUUGCAUACAUAUAAGGAUAGGAUUCAGUGUAUAAUCAAUCACUAUUACAACAUGUCUGCAAAGUCACCAGAAGAUCAAUUCGAAUGUCUAUGACAGAUGGCCUAAGAACACCGUCGUUAUGGUAUUCUGAGCACGGACUGGAAAUGACUAACCAGGAAUGCCUUUACAACAACAACAAAAGGUUGACUAUGGAUGGUGUUUCUAGAGUUAGAGACAAAGGAGCGCUCAUUGCUUUAAACCUCUACCAUGAAGGCCUCUGGACUCCAGAGAAGUUUCGAGUUCUACUUUAACACUGCCUCUCAAAUGCCUAGCAGGUAUCAUCCAAGCAGGAAGGAGGCAACCUUAAUCUCAUGCUGGAAACAACUUUCCUUGCAGUACUGAGAUCACCUUACCCAGUGGUAAAGCAAAAACAUAAGCAUCAAGUGCUAACAUUUGUAAAUUCUCUUUUAAUAGAAGAUAAAAAGAGUGUAGGGUUUGGAAGGUUUUUUUUUUUUUUUUGGUUUGGUUUCUGUUGACCCCUUCUGGGGUGCUCGUAUGCUGAGCUGCCGUGGAAAUCUUUAUUGCUAUCCUUAUAUUUCUGC